AUGGCGCUUGAGCCAAAGCGCAAUAAACUAUUGAACCCAGCAGCAGUAGAUCGGAUCAGUAAAUUACCUAGAAAACUUCUCUGUCGAAUUUUGGCAUUUCUCCCAACAAGAUGUGCUGUAGCUACUAGCAUAUUAUCAAAGAAAUGGAAGUAUGUUUGGACAGAGAUUCCUGUCCUCGAUUUCACUGAUCUACCAUCUUCUAUGAUUAGUACAGAGACUGUCUUCAACCGAGAGCAGGGAUUGAAUUUUUUUUCCGUGUGUUCCUCUUCAGUCAAGACACUAAGUAUUUCUGCAGUUGAUUAUAAGAAGAAAGCAAUCACUCUCAAAACACCAACCCUAGAAGUCCUUCACCUAUCAAUUGAUAUCAUGCAGUCUUUAGUGACUGAUCUAUCAUCUCUGGUUGAAGUUAGGCUAAAUAUUUGGACUUCAAGUGUUAGAUGGAUUAACUUUCUUCAGAAAUUCUGUUACACACAGACCCUUGUCCUCUACCAGAUUAUCCUAGAUGGUUCAAUUGCUCUCUAUAAGAUUCCAAUUUUUGAGAAUUUAACACACUUGGAAGUUGGAUUUACUGCUUGGUCAACUGUACUGCAAAUUCUAAGACGUGCUCCAAAUCUUGCAUCUUUUACCAUAUACAAGCUGAUGUUUGAUUGGCCUGAUAUCAAACUAGAAAUAAAAGGAUUGCCCCUUAAUAAGAUCGAAUAUCAUGGAUUUGAUGUGGAUGAAGGAUUUAAAGUCAUAAAAUAUUUCUUAGGCAACAGCAUGCUGCUUAAGGAGCUUUAA